AUGGCUCCUAAAUCCCGAAGGUCUGUCACAAAAGGGGGAUUUAAUCAUGGAUUAAGAGAUGAUGAAAUUGAAGAGCUUGAGCACCAGCCACCAAAGAAUUUGCACAAUGAAGUACCUCAACAACAAAAUAAGGAGCAAGGGAAAGCAAGAGGUGUCCGAGGGCCUACAAUGCUGAAAUCGAUGUGGGUGACAGUCCCUGGUGAAAAGACGAUCAAGAUAGAUAUGAACGCAAAAGGUCAACCAAUUGGUCCCAAUAAGAAAACUUUUGUUGAGUUUUUGGGUACAAUAGCAAGAACUCCAAAGUUCACUCCACUUGAGGUUAAGGAUUGGCGCAAGGUUUCAGAAGUUAGAAAGAAAGAAAUAAUAGGCAUUGUGAAGGCUAAAUAUGAUAUUCCCCCUGGUGGAGAACAUUGGAUUUUGAGAUCACUAGGCAAAAAGAGGAGGAGUUGGAAGAAUAGGGUGAAGACACAAUGUUUUGAUCCUACAUUAACAACUAAGGACAAUGCACCCAAAAGACCAGCACGAGUUGGGGAAGACCAGUGGAAGCACCUGCUUCCUUAUUGGGCUGAGGAAAAAACAAAGGUACAAAGCAUGCUUCUGAUUAUUGGUUUCGAACUUGUUUUCAUCUUUUUGGUCAUAUGGUAA